CCUCAGUAUUAUUAUAAGUGUGAUUUAAUAAAUUUGAGGUUAUGUUCUAAACACGUUAUUUUUCUGAGGUUUUUAUUCAAUGCUAAACUGAAGUAAAAAGUGACAACAAGUUAUUAAACAUGAGUUCAUCUAUAAGUAAUAGUUCUUCUGAAGAUGAAGAGGAAAUGUAUGAUUAUCAGAUUAUGGAAUUUAUAAAACGAGGACGUAAACCUGUGAAUCGAAUGGUGCGAAUAGUAAUUAAGCCGUGGAUUAAAGUCACAGCAGGAAAAAUUAAAGUACAGUAUAUGGAGGAGUCUCACAACGAAGAGGAUAAAUUGCUUAUUCGAAAUCUAAUUCUAAUGAUGUCUCCAGCUCCAGAAGAUUGGCCUUGGUUUACUGUAGUUCCUGUAGGUCAUGGUAAAACCUUGGAAGAAGCUGAAGAAAGAUUUGAAAAAUUGGGUGGCGAUGACUAUGCUUUCACUCAAGAUUCAGGCGAUCCUAAGAUAAAGGCUAUUAAACAUCAGAAAAAGAUAAUAACGCAAAAAUUAAAAAUUUCUUCUGCUACAAAAGAGGCUUUAAAAGUAAAAACUUUAUCAGAUUCCGAAGAAGGGCAAAAAACUUCAAAAUACAGUACACAAAACAUUUCCAAAGCAGAUAAAAUUGAAAAAAAGGAUUCAAGUUGCUCCUCUUCAGAGGGCACUACUGCUAAAAGAAAUAAUAAAAUAAAGAAACAUUAUAAAAAACCUACAACAGAAACGACUAAAAACAGAAAGCUUAAGUUGAAAAAAUUUUCAAAAAAAGGUAUAGAAAGUGAAGAAACCCCAAGUAGUUUGUCUUCAGAGGAUGAAAACAAUAACUUAUCAGACCCAAAAGUGAAAACAGAUAAUAAUAAUAUGUGUAAUACAAAAUAUAUAAAUAAAGAUGCUGAAUUAGAAAAAAGUUCUAAGAGUGAAAAUUUAUCUAAAGAAUCUAAGACAUCGGAGUUCAAGAUUCCUGAAAAUAAUAAACAUUGUAAAAAAAUAUCACAACAACACAAGAAUUCAAGAGAAUCUGACGUUUUAAGACUCAAUCAAGAACCAAAACAUGUGAAGUCGAACUUCUGUGAACUUGUUUUAAAGAAACUCGAUGUCCUUAAAUCAGAUAUGAACAGAGUUGAAAAAAAAUUAGAUAAAUUACUUGAAAGUCAUUCAGCAAUAACCAAUGUGCCAGCGGUUCCUAAUUUUAUAACUAAAUACGAGUUAGUAUUGCCUAUGAGUAAUGAGCAAGAAUUCACUAUUUUUAACGAUAGAUUAGAAUUAGAAGAAGAUUUUUGCAGUGGUUUUAAAACAUCCCUGCCAUCUUACUACGACCGUGAUCGCAAUAUCAGGAAUACUUUACGAAAUAUUUUUAAAGUUUUUUUCUCUCCGGAGCUAUUAAGAAAUUACACAGUUUCAAUUCAAGUUGGACCGAAAAAAUUGUUCUCUAAAAAAAAGAUUUAUUGUUGUUUAUUCGAAACUUUAAAACUCUCUCAUAUGGACAAAGAAACGAACCAAUAUAUUGAAGACAAGGCUUUCUCUAAAGAAAUAGGAACUGUAUUAAGAGGGGCAAAAGAUUGGUUUGGUGGCCGAAAACAGAGGUCGUUAAGCGCACCUGAGAACAUUAAUUAAUCAUUAAAUGGAAAAUUUAAAUGAAUCUUUCAUUUCUUUGUAAUGUUUAAAUAACAUUUUAAAUAUUCCUCUACGAUUAAAACAGAAACCUUUAAAGGUUAGAGGAUGAUCUAUCUUUUGUUUUUUGAAUUUCUAAAACCAUUGACAGCAGUCAAUUCAUGACAUAAUAAUGUAACAACGCUCGAAGAGAUUUUAAAAUUUAAUAAAAAUCACUGGAAAAAA